UCCCGUCGGCGCCGCCUUCAUCCCCGCACCGCUCGAGUCGUCCUCCGCCGCCGCGCCGUUCCCGCCGGUGCCGCCUCUAUUCUCCCCACGCCACACUGCAGAGAAGAGAGGAGAGGAAUAGGAGAGAAGUGGGUGAAGAAAAAGGGGAGAGAAGUGGAGGAAGAAGGGUUAUUUGAGGCUGACAUACGGGUCCCACCGUCAUAGAUUCAUAAUGGAGAGUAUGGAUGGAGAGUCUGUUGGAGCAACUAACUAGUCUGACUAGCUAAGUCAGAUAGAGAGUUGGCUAUAUAGGUGUUUGGAGAGUCUGAUUUAGAGAGGCUGUUGGAGAUGCUCUUACUGGUAAACGAAACAUGGAAUAUUUCAGCCCAGAUAGGCCCCAACUUCUCUCAACCGCUAUCAUGGGUCACAGAUUUCAGCCCUGAUAGCCCCCAACUUCUCUCAGCCCAGAUACGCGGAGUUGCCCAUGAAACUGUGAGGCCUGAACGUUUAUAAGCUUUGGCCCAUUGUAAACACUAUUCACAUUGGAUCUUGAUGAUUUCUUGAGGUUAGUUAGGCCUCAUUGAGAAUUGCAGUGGCUCCUCCCACCACUGAGAAACGAGCACAGCCUCAUCUCACGCGGCACGAUGCAUUCCAUCAAAUCAAAUCCAAUGCACAGCCGCUUUGCGGUUACCGAAGCGCCCGUUUCGGCGAAGAGUCGCACAGCACAACUCCUCUUCAAAGCCCAUCACUCACACGCGACGCGGCCGCUCAAACAAAAGCAAAAACCGCCCACUACUUUGCUCGAUCGAUCGAGAGGAGGAUCGCGCAGACGUAGUUCGUGCGCCACCGAUCGACGACGCGAGCAUGGACGUGGACAUGGAGAGGCCGCCGGCGGCGACGGCGCAGGGCGUGCGGCCCAACCCCGUCGUGGAGAGGAAGCUCGGAGAGCUGGACGCCUGCCUCGCCGACGCGAUGUCCUCCCGCCCGCGGCGGAGCGACGUCGACGGCAGCCUCUUCGCGGAGAUUCAGGCCAAGACCGACUUCCUAAAGACGCUUAUCGCCGCGGAGGGGGAGUGCCACGGCGGCGCGCUGCCGGAGCACCUGGAGGAGGCCAAGGCGCGCUUCGCCGUCCUCAAGGGCGCGUUCGACAAGUGGGCGCGGCGCGACGACGCGGCGGCGCCAGCGGAGGAGGAGCAGCCCGACGGGGCGGCCGGCUCGGGGUCCGAGUGCUCGUGCACCGAGUCAUGCUUCGGGGUCGAGGUCACCGGCUGCCUGGAGGCGACGUCCGACGUCGAGCGCGAGGCCGUGGAAAUGGCGACGCUCGGCGCCACGUUCAACGCCGAGCGCAGGGCCGGACACAAGCCGUCGCCGUCGCCGGCGGCUGCGACAAGGAACGCUGCUCGGCGGCGCGGAUGGAGGCGGAGCGCUGCUUGCUGCGGUGCAGCCGGCGCCGUGGCGGUGCUCGCGCUCGCCAUCGGGGUGGCGAUUGAGUUUGCGUCGGUGGCUCGCCAAAACGUUUACGUUGUUCCGACCUGACAGAUUUGUUUCCCUUGCAAUUUCGCUGUUUUUUUCGUUGUGGCCUCCUACAGUAUUUAGCAACAUGUAGAGUAGCUAAAUUUCGCUCUUCCUGUUUCUUGUGUGGUAUCCGACUACUCAUAAACAUGUAGUAGUUUACUGUAAGAAGUAAAUCAAGGAGAUAUUGGUAUUUUAUAGUCUGCAUACAUUCUAAACUCUCUUAAAUGUGUAUGAAAAAAUUUGAAAAAAAAUCAACAUGUGAGAUAAAAUUUAACAAGAUAAAUUAAUAUGUGAUAGAUCAAUCCACAAACAUACAAGAUAAAAUUUAACUUCUACAUGUUACAAUAAAAAAUUAACUGUGAAUGUACAUUAACUAGUUGUAGUUUAAUUUGUUUUAUUUUGUAACUUGCGUAUUAGUGGAGUCAUAUAUUACAUGUUAACAAAUCUUCUGAUUUUUUUUUCAUUUUUAUCAUAACUAUCUGAGUCAUGCAAACAACAAGAAUGUUCUCUCCGAGACUUUAAAAUCCC